AUGAACAAGAUCGAGCUAGGGGUUGCUGCCUCUUUCACCAUCUCCAGUGUCCUGAAGGACUCGAUCACGUUCUGGUUGAAGAGGAUGGGACUGUGUGGGGGCUUACAAGAAGCAGGAUAUGAUCUCGUGAUAAGGGAGCUUUUCGUGCCCGAUGCCUUUGCUCAUGGCACCCUCAACGUGGCGCUCCUGCAUCUCCCCGACUGGCUCUCGCAUUCCGACCCGCUGGCGUUAGAAGGGAAGUUGAACCUUUUCCUCGAGGCGAUAUCCUCGGGAGCAUGGCGACAUCUGCCGGCACGAGGGCUGGUAGUGAUAGUGGGGCCCUGGCAGGAAGAAGAUCCUCGGGUCCAGCAACUCUUCCUCUCCUUCCUCGAGAAGCUCCAGCGGUCGGCCAACUCUAGCGGCUUCGAGUGUGUCCUGCCUGCUGAGCUCCGAGAAUUCAUGGGAGAUCGUGAAGCCUUCGACGAGGUGGCAAGAAAAGUGGGACAGGUUCCCUUCUCCGAGGAGAUGCUUGCGACCAUGUCUGCUUGCCUCGCCAGGCGCGUGCAUCGCCUCCUCCUCCCUCCAGUCAAGGCGAUCGCGGUGGAUUGUGACGACACCCUAUGGGGGAACGCGGUGGGAGAGGUAGGAGCAGAGCAGGUGGCGCUUGCCGAGAGGUUCUUGAUGCUGCAAAGGAAGCUGGCUGGUCUCGCAGAGAGAGGAACGCUGGUGUGCUUGUGCUCCAGGAACAAGUUCGAGGACGUCCGGAGGGUCUUCAGCGUGAGGGAGGAAGAGAUGGCUUUGAAAUGGAAUCAUGUCGCCUCCUGGUACGUCAACGAGGAACCCAAGACCUCCGGCAUCCGUCAGCUCGCGGCUGAUCUCAACAUUGGCCUUGACUCCUUCGCCUUCCUCGACGACAACCCGUCCGAGUGCCUGCGCGUUCGCCAGGACCUCCCCCAGGUGCUGACUUGGCACGUGCCCGAGGACCCUGAGGAGUUCGGGAUGAGGAUGCGAGCGGCCUGGAUCCUUGACGAGAGGUUCGAGUCAGCGGUGACGAAGGAGGACCGAGAGCGAGUGAGGAGGAUCUUGGUAGAGCCCGCGGGGGAGGAGGAUGUUGGCAGACUGUCUCAGUUGAGUGAGAGGACCAACCAGUUCAACGCGUUCAAGAAGUUCGUGUCCUCGGGCGACAUCUUGAGGUACAUGGAGCAUGGUGGACAGGUCAGGAAGGUCUCCCUCAGUGACAACUUUGGCGACUACGGGGUGAUCGGAGUGGUCAUGAUGCGCGACAACCGCUCCUUCUCGAUCCGAUGGCUGGAGGAUGCCGGAGGCAUGAGGUUUGAUCAUCCUUCAGCUGAUGAUGAGCUGGAGGCCCAGGGCGCAAACUCUGCUGAUCGCCAGGUGGUCGUCGACAUUUUCGCCAUGAGCUGUCGGGCUCUCGGCCGAGGGGUCGAGCAUGCGAUGUUGACAUGUGCCGCCGAGUUUGCAGGGGCAGGGGCAGGGGCAGGGGCAGGGGCAGGGGCAGGGGCAGGGGCAGGGGCAGGGGCAGGGGCAGGGGCAGGGGCAGCAGGAGGUCCUUGUGUGACAGUCAAAUUCCGAUCGAACGAUCGCAACAAACUUGUCGGCCACUUCCUCGAGUGGGCGAUGAAUGAGAGCGGAGGGUCUUUGGCGGAGGAGGCGUUUUCCUUUCCUGUCUGCGGCCUCCUCUCCCUCCACUUCGACUGCUCCCGCAUGACUUACGCACUGUCAGCUUCUGAAGUUUCGACAUCCAGCCAUGGAGAGGAGGGUACAGAGGUCGAUAGCUCAGCUCUUGCCCGAGCUGAGCUUGUGUGGGAGAUGUCGAGAGGAGGUCUGAUGGAUCCAGAGAGCAUACUGCAGUCGGUGGCUGACAUGAAAAAAAAGUCAAGGAAGCUGAGGGAGCAAACGAGCUCGGGCAACAACAUGGAGAACCGGCACAGGCCUCCCGAUCCUCCAGCAGCUGACAAGGAUGCCAGCUGGUACCACCAGCGCAGGCCGAAGAAGGAGCGGCAGGUGGCAGAGAAACUGAAGGCCGUCUGGUCGGAGGUGCUGGGAGUGGAGCAGGUGGAGACGAACGUGCCGUUCAUGGAGUACGGGGGAGACUCGCUGAUUGGCGUGACCGUCAUCGCCAAGUCUGCCCGGCUGGGAAUAUCACUGCAGCUGCUGCCAAACUUUGAUGAUCUUGCCAGAAUGGCGAUCUCCCUGCGCAAGGAGCAGGGCGACAAGAGGGGAGUGGGGGGUCAGAGCAAAGACUCGCAGAGCUCCUCUUCUUCUACCGCAUGUCACAUCCUAGAACGAGAUCGGAGGGAGCCAGGAAGCGUCCCAAAGCCAAUCGGAGGACUCUCUGCAUGCUCGCAAGGCGAUUUGGACUCGCUCCUCAAGCUCCGAGCUACCGGCUGGGAUCCUGUGCAUGCAGUUGACAAGCACGGCAACACAGCGCUCAUGUGGUCCUGCGGCUCUGGAGCUCUUCAUGUUGCGAAAUGGCUCGUCGUAGAGUGCAAGAUGGACGUGGAGGAGGAGAACAAGGACGGGCGGACUGCUCUCAUGACAGGGGCUGAUCCAGCUCACGAGAUGAAGGAUGGAUCCAAGGCCUUCGACUGGGCCAUCUACGGGGGUGACCUCGAAGUGCUGGAGCUCCUCUCCUCCACCAAAGGCGUCGACAUUCACAGCCUCAACAACUUCGGAUGCGGAGCUGCCUUCUGGGCUGCUGCUGCCGGCAAUGUCGAUACCUGCAGGUCUCCGUACGAGGAGGAGGAGGAGGAGGAGGAGGAGGAGGAGGAGCUUUCCAACUACCAGCGGGACACAGAGACUCCGAUAUGCGGGCCUGACCAUCUCUUGGAGGGAGCUGAUGCCCUCGAAGUGUGGAGGGAGGAUGCUGCUGCUGCCCUGGGCUCGGCCCUUUACAGGGCUGAGUACGCAGGGAAGUUUUCAGCCUGCAUUGUUCAAGCUUCACUGGGAGAUCUUGAAGUCGACAAGCACGUGAAGACGGAGAUGAGAGUGAGAGCGAAGGAAGAGGCUGCGGUCUGCCGCCCGAGGAAGCCUGAGAAACAACUCCGUCCAGUCCUGGCAAGAACAGUGAGAAUGGUGGACGAUCUGCUGGAGAGCUCCAGUCCCAUGGUGACGAGGUUCGAAGAGAAGUCGAGGAGCUUCCUGAAGCCUCUCGAUGAGGUCCUCGAGGACAUCGAGUCUUGCCAUAGCCCGGGCGCCCGAAUCCUGCAGUUCUGCGUGCAGGAGUUCCUCAACAGCCUUGAGAAGCUGGGGGCGUUGGAGCCGAAGCUCGCGAUGAUCGAGGAGACAGUGCAGGAGAAGGUUACUGGCCCGAUCUCUUCUCGGUUGAUGAGGUUGUCACGAUGGGGCGACAAGCUGUUCGGUCUCUCCUACGACGUUCCGCCUGCACCUCAGGACUGACACCCUGACAAGAUUAACAUCAUGGUGACUUCUGGCAGCAGUAUGCCGUCUAAUCAUCAUCGUCAUCAUCAUAGUAAGUUCUCCCGAAGGCUUGUUCUCGAUUUGAUGCUGCCGGAAUGCCGAACUCUUCGACCUCCUCAUCGAAUUUCUGUGCACGUUCAGAGGGAUUAGGGAACGAGGGCAGUGCGCGAUCCUACCAGGGGAUCAUCGAUGAAGAAGGGGCUCUUGGGACUUGUAGAAUCGUAUAAAUGAAUUUGCCUGUACUGU